AACGGAGAUUGAAAGUCAGGUGUCGUGGUACCCGCAUAGGGUGAGUGUGAUUUAACGCUGGUUUCAGCACAACGUCUCUUUUACUCGGUUUUGUCCUAGACGAUAUUUCGACGUCGCUGCAUCAAUCACGUCUAUACCUGGAAUCGUAAAAUUCAUGAUGUAAAAUUAAUAUAAAAAUGAGUUUGAAUAACGAUUCUAUCGCAUCAGAAGUCACCAAAUGACACGAAUAAAUUAACAAUAACUCAACAGGUUUAAGUGUUUUGAUUGAACUCGUGCAGUUGGGUUUACGAUAGCUUGAAAGAAAAGUGCAACGGGAAUAUACGUCUGUGACUUAAGCUCUAAAUGCUUUGUAUUGGUUGAUCUUCUUUACCUCACAACCUUGACAACAUUUAAAAAGUGAGCUACUAACAAAAAAAGAAAAACACCUGUAAAAAACGGUAAAGAAGAGCCAAUUACUUCUAAUAGAACGACAUGAUCGGGGCAGCUGGCAGCCGACACUUAGGUGGCAGGCGGCGGGGAUCCUCCCCCUGUAUCUCUCCUCAUCUUCAGCAUAUGGCCCGCUUGAAACUAGGCACUCAUGACGAAGAGGAAGAAGAAGAAGAGAAUGGAAAAGCGCACCCCUCAACUCGACUCUCGAUCCCUGAACUUCCACAGGGGGUGCGCUUCAGUAGAAGAAGAGCGGUGACCACCUCUGACCACAAAAGCUGUGCUCUAGUACAAACAAAGUUCAAGGGAAUGACGCUAGAGGAGGUUGCAUUAAGAGCAUUGAGUGCCGAAGCAGCGGGAGUUGGUGAGGACAGUAGCUCCUUUGAAGAGUAUGGACGAUUAACGGACCCAAGGUCACUUGUUCAAGCCAUGGCCAAGCGCAAAAGCAAUCAAGCUGAGCAGGAAGGGAGGAUCCCCACUUCCCUAUUUAUUCUCAGGGAGGACAACAUUAUCAGGAGAUAUACAAAAUUCAUCAUUGAGUGGCCUCCCUUCGAGUAUGCUGUUCUUCUGACCAUCAUUGCGAACUGCAUAGUGCUGGCACUGGAAGAACAUUUACCAAAUGGAGAUAGGACACCUCUAGCCCAAAAACUUGAAAAAACGGAACCAUAUUUUCUAGGAAUUUUCUGUGUAGAAUCAUUAUUAAAAAUUUUAGCGUUAGGCUUUAUACUCCACAAAGGAGCUUAUCUUCGCAACAUUUGGAACAUGAUGGACUUCAUUGUUGUGGUAACAGGAUUUAUUACCUCCUACGCCCCUGAUAACUUAGACGUAGAUUUGAGAACUUUGCGGGCCAUUAGAGUCUUACGUCCGCUGAAGCUGGUGUCAGGAAUACCAAGUCUUCAGGUUGUACUAAAGUCUAUUCUCAAGGCAAUGGCUCCUCUUCUUCAGAUUGGUCUUCUGGUAUUGUUUGCCAUCGUUAUUUUUGCCAUUAUUGGCCUUGAAUUUUACAGUGGUGCUCUUCAUAAAACGUGUUACAGCAUAGAAGAUAGAACGGAGAUAGUUACAGAGGGAGAACAGGAAGUCCCCUGCUACCAGACUCCUGAUCCAGCUAACGCUCCUUUCGGCGCCCAUACAUGUGCCAUCGAUGUUGCCUCAUGUCUGGAGGGUUGGAUUGGCCCAAAUUAUGGGAUCACCAGCUUUGACAAUAUCUUCUUUGCUAUGUUAACUGUUUUCCAGUGUAUUACACAAGAAGGUUGGACGUCCAUUUUAUACUGGACCAAUGAUGCGUUAGGAAGUACAUUCAAUUGGAUCUAUUUCGUGCCUCUCAUCAUACUCGGGUCGUUUUUUAUGCUCAACUUAGUUCUUGGUGUUCUCAGUGGAGAAUUUGCAAAAGAAAGAGAAAGAGUAGAAAACAGGCAAGCCUUUCUAAAGCUUAGACGCCAACAACAAUUAGAAAGGGAGCUAAAUGGAUAUGUAGAAUGGAUUUGUAAGGCAGAGGAAGUAAUAUUGGCCGAAGAACGAACAACAGAAGAAGAGAAAAUGCACAUAAUAGAAGCACGACGGAAGGCCGCAGCAAAGAGGAAAAAGUUAAAGAACCUUCAUAGUAAAAGCACGGAUGAAGAUGACGAAGAGGAAAUUGAAGAUGACGUGCCUACUAAGAAGAUUAGGCUGAAAGGUUUAGCUCGGGCUUCCUACUUCAAAGCUAAAGUGAAAAACAAGGGAGCUUGUAAGGCAUUUUGGAGAGCAGAGAAACGUUUUAGGUUUUUAAUUCGACACUUGGUGAAGACGCAAGUGUUUUAUUGGGUUGUAAUAGUGCUCGUGUUUCUAAACACAGUGUGUGUAGCCAUAGAACACUACAACCAGCCUCCGUGGCUCACAGAUUUUUUAUUUUUUGCAGAAUUUGUAUUUUUGGGACUGUUCAUCUUCGAAAUGUUGAUGAAAAUGUAUGCCUUAGGGCCACGUAUAUAUUUUGAAUCAGCUUUCAAUAGGUUUGAUUGUGUGGUUAUUGCCGGUAGUAUAUUCGAGGUCAUUUGGUCGAGUUUUAGAGAUGGCUCUUUUGGUUUAUCUGUCCUGAGAGCUCUAAGGUUGCUCAGAAUUUUUAAAGUCACCAAGUAUUGGGCUUCUCUGCGUAACCUGGUAAUCUCACUUCUCAGUAGCAUGCGCUCCAUCAUUAGUCUUCUCUUCCUGCUCUUCCUUUUCAUCCUCAUCUUCGCUCUUUUAGGGAUGCAACUGUUCGGUGGGGCCUUCAAUUUUCCCGAGGGCACGCCAUCAGCCAAUUUCAACACUUUUCCUAUUGCCUUGCUCACAGUAUUUCAGAUUUUAACAGGAGAAGACUGGAACGAGGUGAUGUACAGUGGUAUUGAAUCUCAGGGCGGGAUUCGUAGUGGAAUGAUCUACUGUCUCUAUUUUAUUAUACUGGUGUUAUUUGGUAACUACACUCUUCUGAAUGUUUUCUUGGCUAUCGCCGUGGACAACUUGGCCAAUGCCCAGGAACUCACUGCUGCUGAAGAGGAGGAAGAGAAAGAAGAUAAAGAGCGGGCCAAGGAAAAUCUGGGAAAGGAGGCGGAUGACUGGCAUUUGGGAAACAACAAUAAUUCCGGAUCAGAUCCCCCUCAAGUAAACAUUUGUCCCCCGUCGCCCAUGAAUAAUCCCGAUGGAAUAAACACACAAUAUAAUUAUGAUGGUGAGAACACCAAGAAAUGCAGCCAGGAGAAACUAGCUCUUCAGGAAAGUGAGAAGGAACAGUCAAAUGAAAAUAUUAAUCUUUCAGACGAUGACGAUGAUGGAAACGAAGUGGAUGAAGAUAGGACAAACGAAGAUGAAGAAAUAGCGGGUCCAAAGCCAAUGCUGCCCUACUCAUCAAUGUUCCUCUUCUCGCCUACAAAUCCGAUCCGUCGUGCCGCCCACUAUGUUGUGAACCUUCGCUACUUCGACCUUUUCAUCAUGAUCAUCAUCUCACUUAGUAGUAUAGCUCUAGCUGCCGAAGAUCCUGUGGUAGAGGACUCUGAGAAGAACAGAGUUCUUAAUUACUUUGAUUAUGCCUUCACUGGUGUAUUUACGAUGGAGAUGGUACUUAAGGUAGUUGACCAAGGCAUCGUCUUUCAUCCGGGAUCUUAUUGUAGAGACCCGUGGAACAUAUUAGAUGCCAUUGUUGUCAUUUGUGCACUCGUUGCCUUCGCAUUUGCGGGAAGCAGCACAGGGCAAAAUCUGAGUACAAUCAAGUCUAUGCGGGUUCUUCGAGUUCUUAGACCACUCAAAACUAUCAAACGUGUUCCCAAACUGAAGGUAGGCAUAUUACAAACUAAAGCAGUUCAACUUUUUAAUGGCAAAUUUUUCUACUGCACGGACGAGUCCAAGCUCACGAGAGAAGAAUGCAACGGAUACUUCUUUGUAUUUCCUGGAGAUGGUGGCCCACCAGAAGUAAACAAACGAGAAUGGCAAAAGCAGCCCUUCCAUUAUGAUGACGUGAUGUCGGCCAUGUUGACCCUUUUUACUGUAUCGACCGGAGAGGGUUGGCCCGCGGUUUUAAAGAACUCGAUGGAUGCUACUUAUCCCAACUACGGACCUUUACCACGAUUUCGAAUUGAAAUGGCGAUCUUCUACGUUGUCUUCUUUAUUGUUUUUCCAUUCUUCUUCGUCAACAUAUUCGUGGCCUUGAUCAUCAUCACUUUUCAGGAGCAAGGGGAAAAGGAGCUUGAAGAAGGAGAGCUAGAUAAAAAUCAGAAAUCUUGUAUUGAUUUUGCGCUUCAAGCCAAACCAUUACAAAGGUAUAUGCCAAAAAACAAAGAUGGCGCUAAAUACAAAAUCUGGUCUGUCGUCGUUUCUACUGCGUUCGAAUAUCUCAUAAUGGUGCUUAUUGUACUCAAUACUAUACUGCUCAUGAUGAAG